AUGGCCACUAACAUCACUCAACACGAGUUUUCAUCCAAAGAUGUUUUUAGACACAAAAUACAUGACAUUGUUGGCUCUUGUGACGGAAUCCUUUGUCUUGCCAACUAUUAUAAACCUUUAAUUGUAUUGUGUAAUCCUUCCAUUAGAAAAUUCAAGGAAUUGUCCCCUUUUGAUAACCCACGAGUGGAUAGCCAGCUUAAUAUGACAUGUGGAUUCGGCUAUGAUCAUGUUUCUCAUAAUUACAAAGUGGUUGUUGUUUACAAUUUCACUGUCAAAGGUCAGCUUAAAGGGCGUAAUAGUGAUCCACCCUUUAUUGUUUCAUUUGAUUUGGAUAAGGAGUCUUAUCAAAAGGUUUUUCUUCCGGAUCUUGGAGAGAUAGAUGUGUUUGACUUGACAUUGGGUGUGUUGAGGGAUUGCUUGUGCUUAAUUCAUGAUGACGAUGUUUGGUUCAUGAGGGAAUAUGGAAUUAAAGAGUCUUGGAUUAAAUUGUUCGACCUUUCUUACUUGCAAGAUUCAACCAAGCCUUCUACUUUGACAAAGGUAUUAUAUUUAUUUGAAGACGAUAAUGUGCUGCUGGAGUUUAUUUAUUUUGAGAAAAAGAAGUUGAUCCUGUACAAUUCCAAGAAUGGUAGUUUUAAGAAAGGUUCUUUUAAAAAUGCUGCUAUGUUUCAAAACACUUUAGAAGUUUGUGUUGAGAGUUUGAUAUCACCUUGUUUUUAA